AUGGAGCAGAGGAAUCAUAGUGGGAGAGUGAGUGAGUUUGUGCUGCUGGACUUUCCAGCUCCUAUGCCACUGCGAGCACUAUUGUUUACCCUUUCACUGUUGGCCUAUGUGUUGGUGCUAACUGAGAACAUACUCAUCAUUACGGCUGUUAGAAACCAUUCCAAUCUCCACAAACCCAUGUACUUCUUUCUGGCUAAUAUGUCCUUUCUGGAGAUCUGGUAUGUCACAGUCACUAUUCCUAAGAUGCUUGCUGGCUUUGUUGGGUCCAGACAGGGUCAUGGACAGUUAAUCUCCUUUGAGGGAUGCAUGACACAGCUCUACUUUUUCCUGGGUUUGGCUUGCACUGAGUGUGUCCUUCUCGCUGUUAUGGCCUGUGAUCGAUAUGUGGCUAUCUGCCAUCCCCUCCACUACCCUAUCAUUGUCAGUGGCCGACUGUGUGUGCAAAUGGCAGUGGGCUCUUGGGCUGGAGGUUUUGGCAUCUCCAUGGCAAAAGUAUUUGUAAUUUCUCAUCUUUCUUACUGUGGCCCCAACAUUAUUAAUCACUUUUUCUGUGAUGUCUCUCCACUGCUCAACCUCUCGUGCACUGACAUGUCCACGGCAGAGCUUACAGAUUUCGUUCUGGCCAUUUUUAUUCUGCUGGGGCCACUCUCUGACACUGGGGCCUCCUACAUGGCCAUUACUGGUGCUGUAAUGCGUAUUCCCUCAGCUGCUGGACGCCAUAAGGCCUUUUCCACCUGUGCUUCUCAUCUCACUGUUGUGAUCAUCUUCUAUGCAGCCAGUAUCUUCAUCUAUGCUCGGCCAAAGGCACUGUCAGCUUUUGACACUAACAAGCUUGUCUCUGUACUCUAUGCUGUAAUUGUACCACUGCUGAAUCCCAUCAUUUACUGCUUGCGCAAUCAAGAGGUCAAGCGAGCCCUAUGUUGUACUCUGCACCUGUACCAGGACUAG